AUGGCACCUGACUGGAGACAGAUAGCCUCGGAGAAACGUGAUUCGGUUCUCGCACUUAUACCUGAGGAAUGGCGCGUCCCUGCACCACCAUCCGCAGAAGAGCAGAGAGAUGUCACUGGCAAAUACAUCCAGCAGUACCUAGAUCCUAAGGAGAUCGAGAUAACCGAAACAGAAGCCACUGCUAUUGUCGAGAAGACUAGUAGUGGACAAUGGACCGCUGUCGAAGUCACAAAGGCUUUCUGCCAUCGCUCUGCCAUUGCCCAUCAACUGGUGAACUGUCUCCACGAGAUCUUCUUCGAUGCUGCAAUCGAAUCUGCUAAGGAACUCGACCAAUACUUUGCAAAGCACAAGAAGCCCAUGGGACCUCUGCACGGUUUGCCAGUAUCACUAAAGGAUCAAUUCCACGUCAAGGGUGUCGAAACUCACAUGGGCUACGUUGGGUGGAUUGGCACUUUCCAGGGCGAGAAGGGCACAGGUAAGGAGAAAGUAUACGAGUCUGAGAUGGUCAAAGAACUACGCAAGCUCGGCGCUGUUCUGUAUGUGAAGACAGCCGUGCCGCACACUUUGAUGUGUGGUGAAACGACCAACAACAUCAUUGACUAUUGCUGGAACCCUACCAACAGAAACCUCAGCGCUGGAGGUAGCUCUGGUGGUGAAGGCGCCCUCAUCGCGCUCAAAGGCAGUGUUCUCGGCUUCGGGACUGAUAUUGGUGGGAGUAUCAGAAUCCCUGCUGCGUUCAAUGGACUUUUCGGCCUGAGGCCUAGUACUGGAAGACUUCCUUACGAGGGUAUGGCCAACUCGUUCGAUGGUGCCCCGAGUAUCUUGAGCGUCGUUGGACCGCUAUCAACAUCAUCUGCCGGUCUCAAGUUGGCUGUGAAGUCCAUUCUGCAGACUGAGCCGUGGCACCACGACCCACGCGUACACCCCAUUGCCUGGAGAGGCGAACAGGAAGAGGCCACCAGAAAGCUGGCACAGGAGAAGAAGCUUACCUUUGCGGUCCUGAAACACGACGGCAACUGUGCUCCUCAUCCCCCACUCAAGAGAGCACUCGAAGAAACUGUUCAAAAACUCGAGUCUCAAGGUCAUAAGGUCAUCGAGUGGCAACCUCCUAGUCAUGUCAAACUCGAAGAGAUUUGUUACAAGGCAUGGAACUACGAUGGUGGUGAAGACGCCGCGAAGGCUUUUGCUCUCAGCGGAGAAGACCACAAGCCUAACAUUAUGUUCGAGCGGACACCAGUAGCCGAUGCGACCGAGAUCAUGAGCAACCAGGUCGCAAAAAGAGACGCUGAGAAGGAGUACAUGGAAUACUGGAACUCUACCAGCGAAUUGACUGGCACUGGUCGCCCAGUGGAUGCUGUCAUUUCUCCUCUCGCACCCUUUGCUGCGGCUCGUCCUAACAAAUACACGACCAGCAGCUACUCGGUAUGGGUCAAUGUUCUUGACUACAGCUCGGCGAUUGUGCCAGUCACCAAAGUCGACAAGAAUGUGGACAAGGCCUACACAAACUUCAAGCCAGUGUCGGAGGUAGAUGAGAAGACGCAAGCAACGUAUGACCCAGAGAUUUAUGAUGGAGCCCAUGUCUCGCUGCAGAUCGUGUGUAGACGAUUGGAGGAGGAGAAGGUGUUGGCAAUUUCAGACUAUGUUCACCAGACUAUUCAUGGUUGA